AUGUCUCGAAAACGCUCAUGGCUCGGACUCAGCGUCCACAACUUAUUGUUAUCAUCUACACUAUUAUUCAGUCCUGCGUCCGCCUUAGACUAUCACCCACCCUCCCAACAAGUUCCCAUCAUCCCGCCGCUAGUACCUUUGGAUGGCGCCGAAGCUACACCAGACACACAUGAAUUUUCUUUACGCCACAUCUUCCACCGAGGUACUUACGAACAACCUGAUCUUCAUGCGAGACUCGACAUCAAGCCAGACACCCGCCUUCGAACGGUGUCCGAAGAUGGGUAUGAAGAGGAAUAUGUUCCAUCAGAGUCAUCCCUGCUUGCUUCAUCCAACCCUCUCACAAUCCAACGGUUGGCCGAUCGACGACUCUCAGUGAUCCAAGGUCACUUGGCAACUGCGCGGUCUGAGGGCUUUGCGGCCUCAUCCCCGCUAGAAUGGGUGAUGGAUACCUUGCAGGGACCCAAUAUCACAGAUAAGCAAACCGUCUUGACAUUUGCCCAAAUGACUGCAAAUGAUUACAUCCAGGAACCCGGAACAGGAGAGUGGCACACCAUUCAUGGUCAAUUCAACUAUUCAGGGAGCUUUGGUUGGCAAAAGGACGGACUUAGAGGGCACAUCUACUCGGAUAAGGCAAAUAGCACUGUUGUUAUAUCCCUGAAGGGCACUUCGCCUGCUCUAUUCGAUGGCGCCGGUACCACGACCAACGAUAAGAUCAACGACAAUUUGUUCUUCAGCUGUUGCUGUGGACAGGGAGGCUCCUACCUAUGGAGACAAUCCUGCGACUGUCAGACUGCCACAUACACAGCAAACUUGACUUGUAUCGUCGAAUCUAUGACCGAUGAAAACCGAUAUUACCAAGCAGCGAUUGACCUUUACUCUAACGUCACUGACAUCUACCCAGCGGCGAAUGUUUGGAUGACCGGGCAUUCGUUAGGUGGUGCAAUGACCAGCUUGGUUGGAUUGACGUUUGGAUUACCCGUGGUCACUUUCGAAGCUGUCCCAGAAGCAUUACCUGCAGCUCGACUUGGCCUCCCAAGUCCACCAGGCUAUGAUCCACGACUUCCACAGUCCCGACAGUUCACUGGAGCUUAUCACUUUGGACAUACGGCGGAUCCGAUCUACAUGGGAACAUGCAACGGGAUCAACUCUAUAUGUACAUGGGGCGGGUAUGCAAUGGAGUCAGCAUGUCACACCGGCCAAGUGUGUGCGUACGAUACCGUGGCGGACAAGGGUUGGCGUGUCGGUCUUGGUACACAUAAGAUCCAAAACGUGAUCUCUGAUGUGAUCUUGAAAUACGAUGAUGUCCCCUCUUGUGUUGCAGAAGAGGAAUGCUUCGACUGUGAACUCUGGAAGUUCUUCCGAAGCAACGGCUCUGAGAUAACAACCACCACUACCACAAGCACUACUACGUCUUUCACUAGAACUUCUACAUGCAAGACUCCCGGAUGGUGGGGCUGUUUGGAUGAAAGCACAACCGCUACCACCACUACCACCGCCUCACCUACAAGUACUGCUACCACCACGACAUGCAAAACGCCUGGUUGGUUUGGAUGUAAUGAUCCUACCACUACAACAGCCACUCCAGCUCCCACUGUAACGACCACUUUACCCACCGUGACUCCGACUACCAGCUGUCACGACCCAGGUUGGUUUGGCUGUCGCGAUGAACCGAGUAUAACGGGUCCAGCUACUAGACCUAACCCUGCACCUACUUCUGCGAGCUGCCACAGCCCGGGAAAACUCUGGGGAUGCUGGGAUGGAUCAACUACUACGCCUGCAAUUACAUCGGCGCCCACUCCUACUGCCUAA